CCUUCCAAGGUUCCACCCAAGGCUCCAAAGCUCCCUCCAAUCUAAACCAUAUAUCAGAGAGAGAGAGAGAGAGAGAGAGGCAUGUAUGGCUGAACUUCAAAGGUCUGUGACAUCUUUCAGAAGACAAGGCUCUUCAGGCUUGGUUUGGAACGACAAGUUCCUCUCCAAUAACCAAAACAACCCUAAUAACCACCACCAACAACCUCCUGAUCCCCCGCCAACGCUCGAUUGCAGCCGCUCCACCGGAGCACGGCCUUACCGGGCCGUCAACGUCUCCCUCCCUCCCAAUGAUCCGCCGUCCCCCAAAGUGCCUACCUGCGGACUUUGUGGCUUCUUCGGCAAACAAGCGGCUGUCGACCAUCAUCGCACCAGUUCAAAGCCUAAGAAACGGCUUGUUUGGAGAGGAGGAGGCCAAGAGACAGUUGCUGAUGGAAUCUUAGAACAUUGA